UUUCUCAACAAUCUCUCUCUCUGUGCAGAGAUCUCUUCAUUGUGUGCCCACCAUAAAGAUGGCCAACUUCUGGGCAGCUAACACCAGAUCCAAUGUGUUCAUGUACCACCUGCCUGAGGACACCGCCCAGACCAGUGCUGACCUGUCAGUACCCCUGGAUGUCCACUAUGCUUUUGGCCUCCCCCACAGCCCCCUGACCUACGACCUGUUCACCAACACAGAGAGACGCCUCUCCCUACAGAUGAUGACCUACAUGGCCAACUUCAUCAAGUCCGGAAAUCCCAACCAGGCUCACAGUGUGUCCCGCGUGGCCUUCAGCGAGGCGGCGCUGCCCACCUGGCAUGCCUUCCAGCCUCACCCUGAGGGGGACAGCUAUAUGGAGUUGAGACCAAGGCCGCGGCAACCACAGGGGCCUCCGCAGGGCGCAGUGCUCCUUCUGGGCCGACUAUGUCCCCGCUCUGACUGCCUCCACUGGCAAACUUUCAUCUGCUGUGUUGGAAGGGGAAUCUGCUGGUUUGGGGGCUCCAACACCAGAAGCCAAGUUAUUUGUUGAUUUCUUGACAGCUGUCACCCAGAGCAAACCCAAGUCAGAGAAGGAUGCUUAUAAUUAGAAAGAACAUCCACACUACGUACCGUCUAAURUGCAUUUAGGGUUUAUCACUCACACAUAGUGAGAAAUGYCAUGUUGUUUCAACUGCCAAAGUAGUCGYUAAAUUAAGUCAUGUCAUUUAACUGCCUGUUAGUUUCCAUACAAAUGAAAUAAAACAAUUGCAUUACAAAAUA